AUGGACGCCGGCGAAGAUUUCGACCAAUUGGAUGGGAUCCCGGGGAUGCCGGAAACCAUUGGUAUAGGCCCGAUUCUCCGCAGCAACGCCACCAAAUCCAUCGACAUCCGCUUCGGCGGCGUCACCUUCAGCCGCAACGGCCAGAUCCGUGGCGACGUCCACUCCGUCCUGCCCACCAGGGGGGCCUUCGACCUCCCCCCGCUGCCCGCCGCACUGCCGGAGUACUCACUCGAGAGCGAGGCCGCGGCGGCCGCGGCAGCGGCCGCCUCCGCCGCCGUCCCCCCCCGGGACCACGCCGCUAGCGUAGCGGAAGAGAUCGCGCAGAAGAUCGCCGAGGGCGGCGGCCCCGACGUGGGCGGCCGUGCAACCGCCGGGGAGCUGCAGCUUACGCCGUCGGGCUUUCGGGCGGCCGCCCUGCAGAGCGUGACCGGGCACGUGGAGAUCCGAGAGCGGCGCGCGGCGGAGACGGGCACCGGCACCGGCAAGGCGAAGGCGCCGGCAGGGAUCGACCCCACGCGGGUCCCGAACCUCUGGCUGGCCGUGGCCCACUCCUCCGACGUCAAGGCCGGGGAGGUGAAGAAGGUCGAGGUCGACGGGGUGCCGAUAGCCCUGUGGCGCACCUCGACGGGAAGCGUGAGCGCGCAGUCGGACGUCUGCAUCCACAGAGGGGCGAGCCUGGCCCGCGGGUGGAUCGCCAACGACCGCUUGGUCUGCCCUUCGCAGGUGGUGGUGAAGAACGAGUUCCACUUGCCGUAUCGUGCGGUCAUCCGCGUGUACUUCGGCAGCAACAGCCUCAAGACCAUCGAGGCUACGGCGGUGCCGAGGGCCGACGGAGAGACCACGCUUCACUGGAAGCUCUACCGGAACUUCGCCAUCACUCACCCGCUCGACGAGGGGCCCAUCAACAAGGCGGGAGAUUUCUUGUUCGGACAGAUGAUGGACCUGACGCUGAAAGAGGACAAGGAGAUCAUUGAGAACAUUUACCCCGAGUACCAGCGCGGUUUCAUGAACGCCCGCUACGACCAGCAGAUGCUGCAGUACCGCAAGGCCAUCACGAACUUCCAGGCCACCGCCGCCGAGCGCGCCAACACCCAGCUCGAGACCUCCCUCCAGAUGGAGCUCCUCAACCGCAUCUCGCGCAGCGAGCGCGGCCUUGCCUCCACGCGCGGCGACCGCUCCGCCAUCCUGGACCUGAUACGGCGCCUAGAAGACGUGCAGGCGACGACGCAGCCCCCUCCGCCGAACGCCGGCGGCGGUGAACAGAAGCUUGCGGCGGACGCGGCGGCGGCCGCCAGGGCGGCGACGGCGGCGGCGGCGGCGGCGGCGGCGGCGGACGAGAACGCCCUGAGAGAGAGCGUGGAGGGGGAGUGGCACCUGGAGUUCGUGUCGAACGACGGGGGGGAGGAGGGGGCGCAGGAGGGGUGGGACUUGGCCUCCUCGACAGACCCCGAGAAGAAGGAGCGGCUCGCGGUGCUGAAAGAAGCCGGUAGCGAGGCCCUCCUGUUCGACUGGAAGGAGACCGGCCGUCCCCUGUGGGCAGACACGUCGGAGAGCGUCCAGAUUAUCGACACCAAGGCUCGGACCUUGACGAACCGUGCCGUGUACAAGGGCUGGAGCGGUUUCACCACGACUGUUCAGCUCGACGCGGUCAUCGAGCCCCUGAAGGACGAGGCCAGCCGCCUCAUGGUCGGCUUCCGCAAAGCGAUUGUGAACGUCGGGGGCAUGAAGGUCACCUUUCCGCACCUGCAGCGCUUCAGCCCGACGGGAUGGAUGGAGACCACGUACCUGAACCAGGGCAUCCGCAUCGCGAGAGGGAACAAGGGCUCCAUCUUUGUCCUCACGCGCCAGCCGGUGUCUUCUCGUCUUUCCUCUUCUUCGUCUUCGCCUACCGUCACUAACGGGGGCGCCGCCAACAAGAGCUUGUUCCAGUAG